GAUGACCAAAUUUCAACCAAAAAGCUGAUAUCAUAACAAACAAAAUAUAAUCGAAUGUAACAAUUAAAGUUUAAUCAUUAGAGAUGACAUCACUCUUUAAAACUUUAGAUAAGAAUUGCAAGUCAUCAAACAUUCAAUUAAGGCCAAAUGGAAGCAACGGUUUGUGGCUGAUAAUUUUAUUGUUCAUUUGCUUCCUUCAAACUAUUCUACGCAAUCCAGCUACAAUACAAAUCAACUAUGAACUCUUAACAGUAUUACUGUUUGGAAUGUCUUUGCAAACAAUAUCAGCAAUUUUUAUUGUUUACAUUGAAGAAAUUCAUUUCAUAUCAAAAGUGAUUACAAAGUUAAUACCAACUGUUGUAGUUUCGUUGAUAUUAAACCUCGUACUGAAACAAGAUGUACUAUUUAGCAUAACAACUAGCUUCAUCGUGCUGACUGCUUAUCAUUUCAUUUACAUUUUUCUAAUGAAGUCGCUGCCUUUUAGUUUCACUCUUGGUGAGGCUGCUGUUGUUGCUCAAGGAAUAUCACUCUUCCUGUAUAAUUUCUACCUCAAAAUACCAACAUUGAGAGAACAUCAAUCACCUGAUCAAAGCAUAAACUCCAUCUUGUCAAUAGGAAUAUUUGGAAUCAUUGUCAUUGUUCUGACUGUUCGAAUUGCUCCAGUCUUCAGAAAGUGGCCAAUGUUUUAUCUACUUUUAAUUACAAUAACUUUUAUGAUCUGCAUUUUUCCAAUUGACAAUAAGAUUUCAUUUAUUAUUCUCAUCGAUUUUAUUACAAACGAUAUCGAUCGAAUACUCAUCGUGGGAGUUUACGUUGGACUUUUGCUUAUCGCAGGUUUUGCUGUAUGCUUCCAAAUAAGAAAAAAUCAAAAAGGAUCAACCAGCAAUAGAAAAAUAUUCCAUAUACUCAUCGUCAUGGUUUAUGUGCCUGGUCUCAUCUAUCAGUGUCAUCUUCUUUAUGUGGCCUCUGUUAUAAUAUUCGCCAUUUUCAUCAUCCUAGAGGUAGCACGAGUAAUUGAACUUUAUCCAGUUGCUUCAAUUUUAGAAACAAGUGUUGAAGCUUUUAUUGACGAGAAAGAUGCUGGAAAAGUUGUAUUAACACCAAUUUAUUUACUUGUUGGCUGUUCGUUACCAAUGUGGAUACACAAUUCACCCUGUGAUUUAUUGGGAUCAUCAAGUACUGAACUGUUACCAUUGCUCUCUGGAGUUCUCUCUAUUGGAAUUGGAGACACAUUUGCGAGUUUUAUUGGAUCAAGAAUUGGCAAACAUAAAUGGUUUAAAUCUGCCAAAUCUGUUGAGGGAACUCUUGCAAACAUCAUUGCUCAAGCAAGUUUUCUUUAUCUUCUUCACAUCAUGAAAGUGAUUUCAUUGGAUAUGAAAUUAAUGGCUAUUUCUGGUGUCGCAAUACUAUUAAACAGUCUUGUCGAGGCUUUAACUGAUCAAGUCGAUAAUCUUGUGAAAAUGAAUGAAUUGGACGCCUUAAGACAAGAAGCUGAAACAUUAAAAAAUGCUAUUCGUGAUGCACGAAAAGCAGCAUGCGACACCAGCCUCGUGCAGGCAACGAAUAAUUUGGAACCAAUUGGACGCAUUCAAAUGCGCACCAGACGCACACUUCGUGGUCACUUAGCCAAAAUUUAUGCCAUGCAUUGGGGAAGUGACUCAAGAAACCUAGUGUCGGCUUCGCAAGAUGGUAAAUUGAUUGUAUGGGAUUCACAUACAACAAAUAAGGUACACGCCAUACCAUUACGUUCAUCAUGGGUCAUGACAUGCGCAUAUGCACCAUCUGGCAGUUUUGUUGCAUGCGGCGGCUUGGAUAAUAUCUGUUCAAUAUAUAGCUUAAAGACUAGAGAAGGUAAUGUGCGUGUAUCACGUGAACUGCCGGGCCAUACUGGCUACUUAUCCUGUUGUCGAUUCUUGGAUGAUAAUCAGAUAGUAACAAGUUCUGGUGACAUGUCAUGUGGCUUGUGGGAUAUCGAGACAGGCCAGCAAUGCACAUCAUUUUUGGGACAUACUGGUGACGUUAUGGCUUUGUCAUUGUCGCCACAUUGUAGAGCAUUUGUAUCCGGAGCAUGCGACGCUUCAGCCAAAUUAUGGGAUAUCCGGGAAGGACAAUGCAAGCAGACGUUCCCAGGACAUGAAAGUGAUAUUAAUGCCGUUACAUUCUUUCCCAAUGGAUUUGCAUUUGCAACUGGCUCUGACGAUGCCACCUGUCGUUUGUUUGACAUUCGUGCUGAUCAGGAAUUGGCAAUGUAUUCACACGAUAACAUCAUUUGUGGUAUAACAUCGGUAGCAUUCUCAAAAUCUGGACGUCUCUUGUUGGCCGGCUACGAUGAUUUCAAUUGUAACGUAUGGGACACAAUGAAAGCUGAACGAGCUGGCAUCUUAGCUGGUCACGAUAAUCGCGUAUCAUGUCUAGGCGUUACCGAAAACGGCAUGGCCGUUGCAACAGGGUCAUGGGAUUCAUUUUUACGUGUAUGGAACUAAUUUAAUUAAACACAAACAAAUCAUCUUUAACUCCUUCUCAGAAUUUACUUUAAUUUUCCUUAUUAUUGACGAUAAGGAUACGAAACACGUUACAAGAAAAACAAAAACAAAAAAAAAACAAAACAAAAAAUAUCAAAAGAUGAGCAUUAUGUAAUCGAGAAAAGAAAGAGAAGAAAAGUUUGAUGCAAAAUAAGAAAAGCUAUGAGAAUGUAAACAAUUUUUGGUCAAUGCUGACAUCUAAAUUUAUCCAGAGAAAAGUUAAACCCAAAACAUAUUGCAAGACACUAAAAAGGUAUUACCCUCCUUUUGUUUCGAUAUCUCUUGUGUUAUUGAAAGGAUAUGAUGAUAGAGAAAGAGGUUCGUUUGGAAAAGUGAAACCAAAAAGAAAAAAAUUGCCAUAAAUGCUUUUUUUUAAUAUCAAAUUCAUUCAUUCAGUGUCCGUGCAAAGAAAAAGGGUUUUUCUUUAAAGUUUAAACAAACACAAAAAGAGAACUUUUUGAAUUGAAUGGAAUUUGUUUUUCUCAUUGAUUUGCAAUCAUUCGCAACACAAUUACAAAAAUUUAUCGUCAGAAAUGAAGAGGAAGAAGAAGAAUGACAUUCACCAACAUUUAUUUCUCAAUUAUGACAACUUUCUGAGUUGAAAUUGAAUAAAAGCUUUUAGUUUCUCAAAUAAGCUCAUCGAAUUGCUAAGAAGCUAAUUUUAAAGGUAUUUUGGUCAUGAAUGAUAAAGUAGUUAGUUACUUUAUUAUGAUAUUGACACUUCUGAGCUUUCUUCUUUUUUGUUUUCGUAACAUAAAUAUUCCUUAAUUCAUAAUUUUUUUAGUAUCUUUUUUUUCUUUCCUUCCUUCUCAAUAUAAAUGUGCUUAGAAAGGUAAUAAAAAAUAAGAUUUCAAACAUUUGGGAACUGUUCACAUAUAAUAUCACAUGCAUGUUACAUAAGAAAAAGGCGCUCAGUUACAAUGAUGACGUCCGCACAAAAGAGAAAAACAAAAAACAGAUAAAAGUGGUUUUGUCUAAUAAUAGCCAGCUUUUGUUGUGAUAUAAUAUGCGUACGAAUCCUUUUAAUUUAUUUAAGCUUCAUAAACAAACAAAUUUUCGAUGAGAUAAGGUUCACCAUAAAAAUUUCAUUGGAAUCCUCCGAUUAUAUUGCACAAACCAAAUGAAAUAUUGCGCAAAAAUAAAAGAAAAUUUAAUUUAAGAUUCCAAUUUCAUUUAAUUGGACUGUCUGAAUUAUGAUGAAAAGAAAAAGUUUUAUUUUUUACUAUUUUUACUAUAAAAUCUCUUUUUGCCUUCUUCGUUUAAUAUUUUGGUUAAUUAUUUUUAGUCAUUAUUAUUUAAGGCCCAGACUAUGCAAAACUGAAACAAUAUAAUUUUAAAUAUAUUAUUUUAUAAGAAAUAUUAAUGUAAAGAAGCACUGAGCGACUUUUAUUUUCUUCGUAUUAGUUGAUUGUGCGAUUUUUCUUUUGCGUUCCAUGUGUCCGAAAUAAGAAUUUGGUUUUUAUUUUGAAUGUUCCAUGGAUGUUUAUAAGAAAAUUUCACAAUAAUUUUAGACUAACAAUCGUGUAAACAGCAAAGAGCAUAAGCAUUAAUCACAUUUUAUUAAUAAUUUUAACAUAAUGAUAUACAAAAUAAUUUUUGAAAACAUUAACAGAAAUCAUUAUGCAUUAAAUGGAGAUGAAUAAAUCGUACAGAACCAAAUAACUUUUUUCUUCUUUGUUUUUAAUUUUAUUAAAUUAUUAUUUUUGCUUUCAUAUUAUAUUAUUGUGUCUGAGUUGUUUUUUGAGUCUUAAUUGUGAUUUUGCCUUUUGAAUUUAAACAAGCAAAUUACGAGAGGGUAAUUUUAUUAUUUAACAUAUCCAAAGUGUUCACACAGCAUAACAUAAAAAAUUACAAAUCCCCUUUUCCAAUUGACAACAUAAUAAACUUUCAUAAACGGAAACAUUUAUGAAUCUGGUGGGUUUAUAGAACGCAGAGGAAAAUUAAGAGAAAACGAGACCAAAAUACGAUUUUUUUUAUAAUUUUCUACUUAAUGAAAUAAAGAAAAAAAUCUCUGAUUAAUGUUAUAUGAUGUCAUAGUGAAAUUAGCAUUGAGAGUACAGUAGGUUGAGCAUUUAGUUAAACACUAAAAAAAAGAUUUAGGAAAAUGUAACAUUAAAACCUUUUAUUUUCCUUUUCGCUCGUAUAAGUAAACAAUCGGGAUGAUUGUUUAUGAUUGCUUUUAUUUCUUCAUAUUAGAUAUGAAAAUCAUUAAUCAAGAAAAAAAAACCUUUCAUUCAGUCUUACUAAUUUUGCACUAAAAUAAAAAAUAAGGAAAUCGCGAAAUAAUGCAUCAAAAAUAAUGAGCAAAACUAAUUGCACAAAACGGUUAAUGAAAAAAAAUUGAAGCCAACGCAGCUAAUCAUCGUGUGAUUCAAUAUAUAAUUUUACUAAAUUAAUUUUAAUCAAUUUUAUAGAAUUAUUGGUUCAUUGCUUCAAUUAACUUAUCUCAAGUAAAUUAAAAUCAUUGCAUGAGAUGAGACAAAAGAAUUGUAAAAAAUCGUGUGAAUGAGUAGAGAACCAUAAGCAAGCUUUUUUAUAUUCUCUCAGUAAGGAAUUAAAAAAACUGUGAAAGUAUAAAUGAAAUAUCAACUGACUCUACUCAUUUAACUUCAAUUUAAAAACUAAAAUUCAUAAUUUUCCUCGGAAUGAGGAAAGCUUUCUUCAUUUCAUCUUGUUACAAUGCAAACUUUGUUUUUACGUUUUUUGUAAUAUUGGCCAUUAAAGUCACAUACAAAAAUACACGUUCCGCUUCCGAAUUGCGCAUUUACAUUUUUUUAAAUACACAUAUGAAAUGAAGUUUCUUUUUCAACUCGUAGAAACGAUGAUAUGUAAAAGUAUUUUGGCUACACUCUUUCAAAAAAGAGUAUUGAUGAAUUGAGAAAGUGUGAAACCGACUAACAUAAUUAUUUCUUUAAUUCGAUCAGCAAACAAACAAACAAAAAUCAUUUUAAAAGUUCCAUUAACCUUCUUUGAAUAGUGGAAUCGAAGACCAAACAACAUCAAUACCUAUAGAUAAGAUCCUCUUAGAUAGAACACGAGAUCGAAUUAAUUGGGCUCAAGAAAUAAUUUUUAUGCAUUUGGCUUCGCGUUUUCAACAACAUAAGAUUCAUUCAAAAUUGCUCAAAGGUGUAGCUAAUAUUUAUAAACUUCAUUUUCAUUCUAUCGAGAUGAAAGAUAUCUGCAUAAGUGCUUUGUUACAAUGUCGCAUUAUUCCGUUCAUGCUUCAAUUUUGCGAAACACCGUUUUUUAUAUAAAACAAAUCGUGAUGUCUUUGAUGUUCUUUAAGGAAAAAAACUAGAAAAUUAAAAAAAUUGAAUCAAAAAUUAUAUAGAAAGUUUGAUUGUAGCAUGGAUGCAAGCCAACGAGAUUUAAAUCGGGUGCACGCUGUAACAAUUCACUUUAAAAAAUUAUGCAAAUGAUGUGCAAUUCAGAGUUAUUGACAAUGUCUUUCUAAGAAUAAGGAUUAAGCGAGGAUUAAAAAAAACAUGAUGAUUUAAAGCAACAUUUAAAAGUUAUCAUUUUUUCUUUGGAAGUUAGUAAUUAGGGAAUAUUUAAAUGUAUAUAUUACCAUAAAUUAUUGCAUAACAAAAGUAAACAUGAUUGGGUAAACCAAAUGAGUAUAAAAAGUGUCAUACCACACAAAUGAGAAAAAGAAUUCAGAGUUAAAUCAACAUUAUAAAAAUUUAGUGAAACUAUAUCAAUCAGAAAUUGGCCCGGAUGGACAGUCAUGCAAAUAAAAUGAAAUAAAACUGUAGACAGAAUAAUUGGAUAAUUAAAUUUAAAUAGAAGCUUUCCUUAAAAAUCGCAAAAUUCUUUUCAUUUUAUUUUAUGAAAAUCAGAUAAAAAAAAUCUUAACAGGAAUAAGAAACAAAAUUUUUAAAGUGCAUUCGUCACAAUGAGUUUCGAGAGUAGAAAUAAAAACCAAUUAAUCCAAAAUUCAUUUAGAAAAAAGAAAUGGAAAAGCCGUAAAUAAUUUUCAUAAAAAAUGAACGAUUUGCUUUGAUUUUGGUUGAUAGAAAGAACGAUUCUAACGAAACGAAAUUAGUCAAAUUGAUAAAGUCAAGUGUCUGACGGUGCAUAUUCCAUCUCAUGCCGAAUUAAAAACAAAAAGUUUAUCUUCUUUAACAGCUCGAAAAGAUUUUAAAAAUAAAGUAAUGAAAAAUCAGAACAAAAUUGUUAAUUUGUGAAGUAUGAAGCAUAAUUCAUUGCAUUAUUGUCGUCGAAUGAAGAUUUAAAAAAAAUUAACACACAAAAAUAUAUACAUAAAAUAUAUUUAUAAUAACGCUUUUUUACUAUAUUUAUAAACAUAAAAUUCAAAACAAAAACCAAAAAAAUCAAGAUGACUAAAAUGGAGAAAGAGAACCCUUUAAACUUGAACACAGCAUCACACUAAACACAAAUUAAAACCUUCAUGUCUAUAGCUAUAGAAGCGAGAAAGAAAGAAAAAAUCCAACAAUUAUUUAUAGUUUAUUAUGAAUUUUUAUACUAUCAUUAAUACUAACAAUCAAAGGUUACAAACUUAUUACAAACUCCUUUCUCUUUAACUGCAAACAAAUCAAAAAUGAAACUUUUUGCAACUUUUUCGUUCAAGUUUUCUUUCAAUUCUUUCAUCACAGAACUUUUAAUAGAAAAUUUCCGUUUCCAAAGAGUAAGAAAUAUAAUGAAAAUCUUUAAAACUAUUUUGAAGGGACUAUAUUAAGAGCUAAUAUAAUGUUAAAGAAAUAAAAUCAUUAAGCUAUCCAUCAAAAAGAAGAAAAAAAAAUGAAUAAAAAUAUUGAGAACUAAUGAUUAAAUUUAAUACCUAAGGAAAGAAAUGUAAAUUGUUUUCUGUGUUUAAUAAAUAAUUAAAAAUGAAAUAAUAAUAUGACAGAAAAAUAAAUAAGAAAAAGAAAAAUCACAACACAUUGAAAUCUUAUUUUUAAAUCAUUUCAAACAAAAAUUUAUAAUAGAAACAUCAAAGAAAAUUUCCUAGACAUUAAAGAAAAUAAAAUUUCAAAUCAAAUGAUGAUGAUUUAAAAAUUUGAUUUGAACAAAAAAUGAAAUAAAAAUAAAGA